AUUCUCCUUUUUGAUGUUUAAAACGAGACAGCGAAACGUUAUUCCCUCUCACGGUAAUGUAGCUAUAACCGCGAGAAUUCAAAUCCCAGAGUUUUUGGCGAGAUGAGGCCAGAGAACCUUUUGCUUCUGCCCCACCGCAGCGAGAAGUGCACCGUCGGCUGUCCCGUACUGGAUCGCUGCCUCAACGGUGGCGUUCCCUGCCAUUCCAUCACGGAGUUUGUUGGCGAGAGCGGUUCCGGCAAGACGCAGCUCUGCCUCCAACUCGCCCUCUCCGCCCAACUCCCCUCCUCCCACGGCGGCCUCUCCGCCUCCUCCAUCUUCAUCCACACCGAGUUCCCCUUCCCCUUCCGCCGCCUCCGCCAACUCUCAGGCGCCUUCCGAACGUCGCACCCUGACCUCCCCGACCCCUGCGACCGCGUCUUCGUACGCGCCGUCCACUCCGCGGACGAGCUCCUCCACUUAAUUCCAACCAUCGAGACGUUCCUUGUGUACUCUCGAUCUCGGUGGCGGCCGGUGCGAAUCGUCGUCAUCGAUUCCAUCGCGGCUCUCUUCCGCUCCGAUUUUGAGAACACCGGAUCGGACCUCCGGCGCAGGUCGUCGCUCUUCUUCGGAAUCUCAGGCGGAUUGCGGCGGUUGGCGAAGAGGUUUGGGCUGGCGGUGGUGGUGACGAAUCAGGUUGUGGAUUUUAUCGGAGAUGGAAAUGUCAGGGUUGGAAAUUUGAGUGAUGGGCUUUAUUCGUCGGGCCGGCGGGUCUGCCCUGCCUUGGGCCUGGCCUGGGCCCAUUGUGUCAACUCGAGAGUGUUUUUAUCGCGUGAUGAGAAUGGGCCUGUUAGAAGGAGGAGAAUGAGUGUUGUGUUCGCUCCUCAUUUGCCGCAUUCUUCUUCCCAGUUUCUUAUAAAAGGAGAAGGCGUUUUUGGCGUUGAGGAUAUACAGUCCGAACCAGACAAAACUGUUUGACUUGUUUUCACCAUCCAACUUCUACACUCUUAAUAUAUAUGUAUUUAUUAUUUUCACACUGCAAAGUCAAACUAAAUAUUUUUGUUAGGCUAUGUACAUUUGUUUAACACUGUUUUUGUUGUGUAGUGUAUAUAUGUAU